AUUAUCUGUCUUCCUUGUAGCAUUACUGCUGGAGGUGUAAUGGAUGUUAACACCGCCCUGCAAGAAGUGCUGAAGACCGCACUCAUCCAUGAUGGCCUAGCUCGUGGUAUUCGUGAAGCAGCCAAAGCUUUGGACAAACGCCAAGCCCAUCUUUGUGUUCUGGCUUCAAACUGUGAUGAACCCACGUAUGUAAAGUUAGUUGAAGCACUUUGUGCAGAACAUCAGAUCAACUUAAUAAAGGUUGAUGACAACAAGAAACUGGGUGAAUGGGUAGGUCUCUGCAAGAUCGACAGAGAAGGAAAACCUCGCAAAGUGGUGGGCUGCAGUUGUGUGGUUGUCAAAGACUAUGGCAAAGAAUCUCAGGCCAAAGAUGUCAUCGAAGAGUACUUCAAGUGCAAGAAAUGAACAGAAAAUAAAUUUUGAACCUGACUUGUGUGUGUGUCAUUGAU